AUGUCGCAGAAUAUUGAAGUACUCACCCAAGAACUCCGCCAGCUCAGGGCAUACUACCCUCAGCUGGUCAACGAGAUGAUGACGGCGAUUCGCCUUCAUUUCCAGUCAGGUAUCCCACAGGAGCAGAUGCGCAGCAGACCGCUGGCACUGGUCCUGUACGAGCUCGUCCUCAAAUUCGAGGCAGAUCUUCGCACGGAGAUCACGUACCAAGAGGUCGUCAACUUCAUGAAUGCGAACCAGCACAUGCAGUCGCUCGACGCUCUUGACGCGUUCGCGAGACAGGUGGCAGCGCGCAGCGCCUCGCGCGCGGGGCAGGCGACGCCCACACUCGCCAACCCCUUCGCCAGCACUCAGAACCUGCCAGCAGGCCACCCAGGGGGAGGCUUGCACGGCCACCAGUACGUGUUCGGUGCGACAGCCCCAGUCCAGCCCUCGACAGGGUAUGGUGCCGGCUUGUCUAGUAUGUCAAGCCCACCAUUUGGGACCCAUAACCCGCAGGCGGCCCCUGCAUUUGGAACCUUCAGCCCACCUGCUGCCCCACUAAAUGGAACAUAUGGAGGGGGGUCUGCGAUGGGUACUGGAUUCGGCAUGACUCAGCCGGCGACCGAGCACGCUGCCUCGCCAUAUGGACUUGCGCCCGCAGUGGGUCCUGUCUUUGGCGGGGCACAGCCGGCGACCGAGCAAGCUGCCCCGUCACAUGGAGGCAUGCCCGCGAUGGGUAAUGUCUUCGGCAUGACACAGCCGGUAACGGCGACUGCUGCCUCGCCAUAUGGACUUGCGCCCGCAGUGGGUCCUGUCUUCGGCAUGGCACAGCCGGCGACCGAGCAGGCUGCCCCGUCACACGGAGGCAUGCCCAUAACACAGCCGGCAACGGCGACUGCUGCCUCGCCAUAUGGACUUGCGCCCGCAGUGGGUCCUGUCUUCGGCAUGGCACAGCCGGCGACCGAGCAGGCUGCCCCACCAUACGGAGGCGUGCCCGCGACGGGUACCGGUGUCGGCCAGGCAAGGCCUGCGACCGCCACCGCACCGCAAGGCCUGACAGGCUCGUCGGGCUCGUCCUUUGGCGUUCCCUGCUCACAGGCAGAGCCUGUGCAUGGGUUCGACCAGAGGACUCAGUCUCGGUCCCAGGCUCAUGGACAGGCCACUGGUCCCACGGGUCACGUCGACACACAAGGCCGUCCGAGCCUCGGUGGUGACUCCUCCAUUGGACCGUACAAGGGUCAGAACUUCCAGCCAGCGGAGCCGCCAGUCCAGGCCCAGGGACCUGGGGCCAAGACGCCUUCUCAGGAACCGAUCUUCCGCGGCUGCUCUGAGGAAGAAUUUCAGGCUGAGUUCGAUAGGGUGGCAAAGCUGGCGAUUUCAGACGUAUCGAAAGGGAAAUUUGGCGAAUCGUACUACCAGCAAGGCGACGAGGAUGCCAUGGCGAAGCUAUCGUUACAGAAAGAUGAUGGCGACGCUGGCCCGGCUACUGCGGCUUCUGGCACCGUCCAGCCUGCACGUGUGCCCGCCUCGGCCACGCCACAAUCUGCGCGAGGCCCAGCCACUGCAGGCUCGGGGGCUCGCACGAUGGCCCAGGUCGCGCGAGACACGUCACCGCCAGGCAGCAGGGACAUGGUGGUAGAACCUGCCCAGUUGUCCCUCCCGUUCUCGAAAUCCACCAGGUGA